GUUCGAAAUAUUUUUUGAACACGUCGACAAUUUUGCAGCAAAAUGCCACAGACGAGUUUACAUGGGAAAAAGUCACAGACUUACUUGCAAGGAGGCAAAGUAGUAACACAAUCUUCAAAACGUAAAAGACGGGCAACAGAAAUUUCUGAAGACUCAGAGAAUGUUUAUCCACCUAGUAAAAUACCAGCAUUAUCACAUGUAUCAUAUACAGAGUCUUGUCAUACAGCACAUUCAUUAGAAAAUUCAUGCACACCACAUCAAGUGUCUCCAUUGAAAGAACAACAAGAGCCAGCCACAUGGUCUGAAUUAAGAACUGCAACCUGCUUUUUAACACCAUCAUCUUCUAAUAAUGCAUCAAAUAGACCAAGCCCUUUGCCAUCAUUCCCAUGGGCUGAUGGUUCUAAAGUCUGGUCUCUUAUGUGUUUGGGAGAUCAAAAGACCAUUACUCAAAGGAAUUCACAGAUGUUUCAAAGGCAUCCAACAUUACAGCCAAGAAUGCGGGCAAUUUUAUUAGAUUGGUUAAUUGAAGUUUGUGAAGUGUACAAGCUACAUAGAGAGACUUAUUACCUUGCAAUGGAUUACAUAGAUAGAUACUUGUCCAUUCAUCAAAAUGUUCCCAAAAAUCAAUUACAAUUAAUAGGCAUAACAUGUCUUUUUAUAGCUGCCAAGGUUGAAGAAAUAUAUCCACCAAAAAUUGCAGAGUUUGCAUAUGUCACUGAUGGAGCAUGCACAGAAGAAGAAAUUUUAGGAAAAGAAUUGAUAAUUUUGAAAGGUCUUGGGUGGAAUUUAUCCCCUGUCACUGCUCCUGGCUGGCUUAAUAUUUAUAUGCAAAUUGAGUCAGGUGAUUGGUCAAGACCAAAUGCAUUCAUUUACCCACAAUAUGGAGGUCUGCAAUAUUCCCAGGCAGCUCAACUAUUAGAUUUAGCAACAUUGGAUGAAGGAAGUUUAAAAUUCCCUUAUAGUCACAUAGCUGCAGCAGCCAUCUAUCACACACAAGGAAGAGAAUGUGCCUUAAGGGUGUCACGCAUUCCAUGGGAGCAACUUGCACACUGUGUCAAAUGGCUUACUCCCUUUGCAAUGACAGCUGCUGAAGAAGAUUCUCAGUGCCUUUUAAGGUCUACAAUAACACCUGUAGAGUCUUAUUCCGGAUCUGGACUUAAAGCAACAGUACCCAAUAUAGUAAUGGAUGAAUCACAUCGUAUACAAACUCAUGUAGUAGAUUUGAACAUGUUAGAAAAGGCGCAACAACGAUUAGUGGAUGAAAUUCCCCCUAUUGACACAAAUGAGUCUGAUUCUAAUCCUGAAUCUGGUAGACAAAGCCCAAAUGAAAGUGGCCUUUUAACACCACCAUCCAGUAGUCAAAAAAAUUCUACCACACCGUCGCGUCCUCCUCUACAGUUACAACCGUAUACAUAA